AAGAAAUAUUCUCUGUGAAAGACUCAACAAGCACUCAGUGAAAGUUUCAAAUGAACCCAAUGUAUGAGCUGCCAGGAAAAGCGGGCUGCCAGCUGCUUCUCUUUUCACUAUGAUCAAUAGCAAAGACGACUCUACGAACCCGCCGACGCAACGACAUGAUAAGGAGAAAGGGCUCCUUUUCCUCCAGGCACAACCACGCCUACUGAGCAUAGAGAAACUCCGGAUUUGCGUUGCCUACAAUUUUCGACAAACGAAUAUUGUCUCGUCGUGUUAGUGUCUGUCACAGACAGGCAGACACUGCAGCGCUUGGAUUUUGCUAGUGUCGUAACCAAGUAAGAAAAACGCGGUGAGUUUGCUUGCUGAGAAAGGGCAGUGAAUAAUAUCAUCACCAAGAAUGAAAUACUAGAUUUCCGUCCACCUCGACGCCACGGUGACAGGAACAGCGUACCGCGUCCUUCUUCGUAGCCAGUUCUCUCUUGGCAGAUCCAGGUCUCCGAUAUGAAAAAAUCUCCAGCAAAUAAUCCAUUGGGCCUCUAGGUCCAAGACUCAGGAAAGUGUUGACCUUUGUUCCGCACCUAGGACCCGUUCGACAAGAACACCUACGUACACCAGCUUGCUGAGCGUCUUGCUACUAGAAGAACCGUUUUUAUUGUGGAAGAUGCAACCUGGAAGACCAGAAGCGGAAACUGGGUUAGAAGAAAGAGGUGGGCAAGCACAUGGCAGGGGUGGACGAGCUGCGAAUGCAGUUGCAGCAGCUAAUGAUGAACAAGUGCAGGAUGAUGAACAAGUCCACGAUAACGCAGAUGAGGAACAAAUGCAGGAUGACGAAGGCGCACUUCUCGUUCCCCAACAGAAUGACUUCUUUGUGCGCAUAUCUCUUUAUGGUCCUUGGUGGUGUCUUUCUAAGAUAAAACAAGUACGCUGUUAUUUUCUUUUUCUCCGCAGCAUGCCAGGAAUGGGAGUCAUAAUUCAACGAUUGGAGUACCUUGAGUACUCGUGGUCACUAGUAUCUUGUUCUUUUGCCUCUUCUGCUUCUAACAACAUGGGUGAUUUAAGUACUUACUAACUAAGUACCACCAUCUGUCCUGAUCCAUCCAUGCUCUAAUCUCCAUGGGGCUAUUUUCUUGUGGUUCCUGGGGUUGCUUUCGCUGUCCUGAUUGACCCUGAGGAGUACUUAGUUCGUGACCCUCUGCCCGUCUAUCUGACAUUGUCAUUGUCUUUCGUGGUCGUCCUAUGCCACAUGAAUCCAGCUGCGGUCUUGCUCUUCAGACACCUGAUAAGAACGUUGAAUAAUGUCUUCUCGCCAUAAUUUAAGGUGUUGAAGAUGAAGUAGAUCAGAUGGAGAUGAAGUAGAUUAGAUGGAGUUAAGGCUAGAAGAAAUCCAUCUUCACAGGCAUCCUGGGACCGUUUUCAAGGGGAAAAAGGUCCUCGGAUGCGUCUCAAGAUGGAUUUCUCUUAUGCUUCUAAUGGAGAUAAAGGAGAUGAGCAGAAGUGAUGAUGAAGUAGAUGAGAACUGAUGAGAAGUGACAUGCCAUAAAUGGCGGCGGUGACUGUGAAGGCUAGACAUACCAUAGUCGACCGCAACGACGACCAUAGAGAUGAAGUAGAUGAGAAGUGACGAGGAAGUAACGUUAUUCCGAGUUUGUUGCAGCGGACAAGUCCACAGACAAAAAUUCAAGUACUUACGCAGUCUACUUACCUCUGACGCCGUGCGAAUUUUUUUCCGGGAAUCGCUGACUGUCACACACGACCGUCGUUGGUUUUAUGAUAAAAAAGUUAACUACCUUCUAGUUGGAUACUACGGUUUCCACCUAGGCUUUCACUUUCAGAUUCAGC